AGAGCAGAGAGCUGGAGUUCUCAGCUCCUCUCUCGCUGUGGGGAGAGGCGUGUCCACAGACCAGUAUAAAGUCCAGGGAGAGCCGCUUGGGUUGAGCCAGUCCUCUGCAGGAGGAGGAAGCUGCGACUGCUGCCUCACACUUCUGCUGGCCCGCUUUGCAUUCGGACACUUGUUGACCAGAAGUCAGCGUUCAGAAGAGGGCAAGCGAGGUUCACCUCAAGGCGCAGAUCCCUGGUGUUUGCUGCACCUGAACAGGACCUCCUUUUUGACGCCGAGUGGUCCAGAGAAGGCUCCAGUUUCUUUGCACCAGAGGAGACAGGAACACAAAGCAGGCGAAAACAUCAGUCUGUCCUGUACGAAGUGUUCCUCCAAGAACGGACGGAAACACCGCACUUGAGGGACCUAAGCAGGAGUUGUUGGGGGUGUCAUGGUGCGAGGAGGGGGAGGCAGCGUGGCGGUCGCUCCGUCCGGCUGGUUCCUGCGGAUCCUGGGCGCCCUGUCACUGGUGGCGCUGUGCCUGUCCGACCUGGCCAUCCGCUGCCCCGUCUGCUCCGAAGAAAGGCUGGCCAGCUGCCGGCUGCCCGACGGCUGCACGGAAACGGUCCGGGAGCCCGGCUGCGGCUGCUGCCCCACCUGCGCCCUGCCGAAGGGGGCGCACUGCGGUGUCUACUCUCCUCGAUGCGGCGCCGGCCUCCGCUGCUACCCGGCGCGUGGCGUGGAGAGGCCGCUGCACUCCCUGAUGCACGGCCAGGGCAUUUGCACAGAUGAGCGGGAGGUAGAGGAGAACUCAGUGGACCGGCAGGAGGAGCUCAUCCCCGAACACCCGAACAACAGCAACAUCCGCUGCAGCCCGCAGGACAAGCGUUGCAUCCAGAAGACCCUGGCAAGACUACCGCCCAAAUCCACCAACCAGAGAAGCAACAGAGAGGACCCCAAGCUGGUGCUGGCUCCGUGCCGGGCCGAGCUGCAGCGAGCUCUGGACAGGUUGGCAUCAAACACUCGCACUCACGACGACCUCUUCACGAUCCCCAUCCCCAACUGUGACAGGAAUGGAGAUUUCCAUCCAAAACAGUGCCAUCCUGCACGUGAUGGUCAGCGAGGAAGGUGCUGGUGUGUGGAUCCGAAGACGGGCAUGAGGCUGACGGGCCCGCCGGAGCUGCGGGGAGAACUGGACUGCCACCAGUUAAUAAGUGCAACCCUGCGGGACUGAGGAGAGACCGUCGGGGAAUCCAAAACCAGCUUAAUUCUACUGGUGCUCAUUCGUAGAACCGCAUGACUUCAUUGGACUUCAUCGUUGAGCCUCAAUUUACCCGAGGUUGACGGUACUUGAGCUUGUGCAAAAAAAAAAAAAAAAAAAAAAGAUACCAUUGAGCCUAGCUCUUCUGUUCUGUUGUUUAUUGUUUCAAAGAAUGUGAUUCCAGUCUUUUGAGCACUUGUUCUGUUCUGAUCUUUCUCUGUAAACUUCAGACAGACCGUCUUUAAACACACAAGCUUUCAAGUACCCAGUCGCAGAAAAAAAAAACAUUCACACUUUACAUUUGUAGUUUCAACAUUUGUAAAAGCAGUCUCUUUAGGAGUUCAUCAAUGUAAACCAACUUUUACAGAAAAGCCACUAGAAUAUGCUUAGUCCUUUCUACGUUGUCAUUUUAAUAUCGUUUUUUCAUUCUUCAUCUUGUAAAUUACACACGUUAGCAAGUAAGAACAAGUGGUAACAUUUAUCUGCUGAAAUGGAAAAUGUAGUUUGUCUGAAAUUAAGCAGUUCCUUUUACAUCAAAUGGUAAGAUUGUUUGAAUCUUCUCACCUGUUUCCCCCUCUUUCAUCUUUGCUGAGAACCUCACAACGAGAGGUGCUAACUGGAAAUGAUGUGCGCUGCUAAUUUUCUAAUCUUGAUUAUCUGGUGCUAUAAAAGAAAGCUCAAUGUUCUUGUUUAGCAACACACAGGACUCCCUCUCAAGCAGGCUGCUUGGCUGAAAAUUUUGUUUCUAUAAACUGUGCCAAAGUUAAAAGAAAAGAAAGAAAAAAAAACAACCAAAACUGAAAUAGGAUGGCUUCUUUGCAUUUUGGCCAUUUUAUUUUUCAGAUGUGGGGUGGUUAGCAUUGGCAAAUGUGAGGAUUCCCCCUCACUUGCACUUGCUGUUGACAAGUUUUUGUGUGUGUUGUCAGUUUUGUUAAACUGUAACAUCCCACCUUAGCUUUGCACUAUCACUCCAAAUGACUGGCUCAGUGUGUUUUUGGCCAGACUUGUAAAAUAUGGACAGAUGUACUAAUUAUAGAGAAUAAAACUUUUUUUUUUAUAAUUUUGAUUAAUGACUUAGUUUUAUAAAACAAUCCAGUGCACUACUAGAACAAAUGAGAGAGAGCAGCUACUCACCAUAUACUAUUAGAUAUUGUAGCUGCAGUUUUCUUAUUAUAUUGAUACUACAGUUCUUUUGUUUUACAAAAGAAUCAAAAACAGCUCUUUAGUAAAAUCUUUCAAAAGAAGAGCAAAAAAGCACUCAAAAUGCAAAAAAAGUAGUUUUUCUGUUAGUUUAUUUUAGAUGGAUCAAUAAUUCAAUAGGACAUUGAAUCCAGACGUGAUAACCUGACACGCCCCUUUUUCAGAAUAAGCCAUUAGGACACUGGAGACAACAGUAAUAAAAAUUAUCCAUGCCGCUACCUUGCUUAGAUUAUUGUUCUCAUUUUUCGGUUUUCUAAUCAAUUACUGAGGUUGUGUCCGAAUUCCUUCAUUAUUCAGUACAUAUUUUUGUGCUCUCCAAAUUCCAAAAUCUAGUGCCCUAGAAAUUUCUCAGAAGUCUCUGCAAAAACAAAAAAAAAAAAAAACAACAAAAAAAAAAAACAGUGUGCAUCAAUGCUCACUAGACUGGCAGAUAUAGACCACAAUGCAUUGCAAUUUUACAUUUUUUGUGAAAAAAAAGUUUUUUUUUUUGUUUUUUUUUUACAAAAAUUCAAGUUUUCUUCAUCAAAACAAAGAGGAAUUUUUAAUUGUGACAAAAAGGCACACAGCUGGUUCCAUGUGAAGCAGGUUUAUUAGCUCAGACAGGAUGACAGGUAUCAAAACACUGUUAGAAGUCCACAAAGCUAAAUCAGGGUCAGCCAGGUAGUCGUCAAACAUGAACAUCAGAGAUCGAUCGUGGAUUGAGGAAGGCGGCAGGCAAACUGAGUCGAAGUGGGGUCAGGUCCAGAUAGAAACGCUCGGUAACGCAGGCAGAGUGGCACAAACAAUACUUUGCACUGAGUGAAGCUCUAUGUAGUGCUUCAGUGUCAUGUGGGUGAUUGGCAAAUAAGAGUCAGCUCAGCACCAUCCAGGAACUGUGCGCUGGGGUUGCUGGGAGAUGUAGUCCGUUCAGUACUCUGGAGACUGCUCCCGCCAGUGACCAGAAGGAGAAACAGAGCUCUGACUCCUGACAUAAAUAACCUUCGUAAAAAGUUAUUCACAUACUUAAUAGCUUUUUAUUUUGGGAAAUUGGUGACAUCAUAUUUGGCGUUUAAAAAAAGUAGUGCAAAGCGUGACAUAAGUCCUUUAAAAACCCGGAACAACAGAUAUUACUAUAUUGAGUGGACCUAGCUUGGGAAUAGUGAGAGAAUUCUGACAUUGCCUCAGAACAUGAAUGAAGCCAAAUGGUCUUAAAUGUAUAGUCAGAGAAGAAAAUAUUGAUUCUGACUCAUGGUUUCUCUGUAAUGUUUUAAAACAUCCCACAUGGAGUACAGUUUUGUCCAAUAACCUCUGGCUAUGGGAUCUAAUACAUUUGCCUAAUCUAUCUUUUUUUUAUCCCAGUAACAUGUAGUCAUUAUCAUCUGCUGCUUUAGCUUGACUUAUUUCAAUCAUCAAAUUUUCUCUGGAAUUAAAGGGUAAAUGUGACCACAGGUCUUCAACAUAGCGGAUCCAAAGCUUUUGCACGUACAGAUGGUGACUCAUGCAGCUGUAAUUGAUGCUAAAAGCCAAAAAAACAUAGAAAAACUUCCCUAAUUUAGCAGAAAAAAAUGCAAGUGCCAAAAAAGUUUUACACUUCUCAUUAUCUCCCCACUUCUCAUUAUCUCCCAGUGCAUUAGUGUGUGCAAUUGUCAAUGGGAUUCAAAAAUUAUUAAAAAAUUAAGUACUUUAUUUUUAAUUUUACCCCCCCCCACAAAAAACUGGGGAAAUAUAAAAUGUUUUCACUGUGUAACUUUAGCCAAUAAAACGGAAAUGUGCUGAGCUGCACCAGAAAAAUUUUCCCAUUUUUAUUGUCAGAUCACUUUGUGUAUCUAAGAGAUGAUUAAAAAAAACUGAUAAGUUACAACAAAAUCUUUACUUGUAAUGAAUUUUUUGGGGAACUUUUAAAAAAAAGACUUUUGUUCUCUGAUCAAACAGAAUAACAGUUGGAGUAAGCACAUUAGCAACUUAAAUAUCCUGAAAAAAGUAUUCCAAAGACAUGAAGCACAGAAUAAUGUAGCAGCCAAUAGUGCAUCUGUUCAAAGAAUGUUCCACCAUAAUACUGUGUCAUAGUCAACUUAUGAGGCACUGUUCUACACAAGUAUUUGUUGUAAACUCUUACAGUUUUUUGUGUACAUGAUUCUGACUUUGAUUUUUUUUUCAGGCCUAACUCAAUAAACAGUACAUUUAAGCUAUACUAAGUUGCUUAAACUCCAACUUUGCUGUAUAGACUGUUUUUUUUUUGUAUUUGAUAUUAUCUGUUAAUGCAUAUGAAAUAUGAAGUUAAGUUUGCAUGUGUGCACACAGACUGAGACAGUUAAGGUUCUGCGUGUUUGGACACGCUCAUGCAAAUGAAACAAAAAAAAACAACAACAACCCUGAAAUGUGGAGUUUUAAUCAAUAAAAUAACUAGUUACAUUGUAAAUGUUUACUUAAUGGAAAUGUACUCAUUGUAUUACAUUAAUUAAAACAUUUUAGAAACUA